AACUUUCUUAUAGAUAUUUUUUUUAUAUUGAACUUCAUUUUUUCAUUUUGGGGUUCAGGAUAAAUUAGGAAAAGACAUCAAAGUUGAGGUUAAAGAGGAAGAAGAGGAGAUGUUGGUGAGUGGAGAUCAGCAGUCUAUGGAGGGGGAAAGUCUUCAGUAUUCUCGGGAUUCCACACUGGAAGAUCAAAGCAUCCCUCACCAUCAUCAGGAUAAAUUAGGAAAAGACAUCAAAGUUGAGGUUAAAAAGGAAGAAGAAGAAGAGGCGUUGGUGAGUGGAGAUCAGCAGUCUAUGGAGGAGAUGGCCAUGAAAAGUGAACAGGAGGAAUCUUCUCUUUAUAUCAACAGAAGAGGACACUAUGACCUGAAUAAAGUAUCUUCAGAAUAUAAAGAAGAAGAAAAUCCCACCACACAACGUUCUCUAGGAGUGACUCGCAUUACACAAAUAAUACAUCAUAGAACUCAUCAAAUGGAGAGAUCCUGGGAUUUCUCUGAUCCUGAGGAUUCUUCUGAUGAUCCACAUACUAUUAUUUUUGAAUCUCACAAUACAGAUAAAUCAACAGAUCCAUCUAAUCCCGAGGAAUCUUCCUUGAACCAUGAAGGAUCUCACACAGGAGAACAUUCCUUGUCAUCUACAGUGUGUGGGAAUUCUUCCAAAGAAACCAGAGAGCCUCUUACACACCAGAAAAGUCAUAAGAGUGUGAGUACUUUCUCAUGUCCAGACUGCGGAAGAUGUUUUAUUGGGAAAACAAGAUUUCUCAAUCACCAGAGAAUUCACACAGGCGAGCGUCCAUUCUCGUGUUCGCACUGUGGUAAAGGCUUCAUUCGGAAAGGAAACCUUCUCACACACCAGAGAGUUCACACUGGCGAGCGUCCAUUCUCGUGUUCGCACUGUGAUAAAGGCUUCAUUCGUAAAGCACACCUUCUCAUACACCAGAGAGUUCACACAGGCGAGCAUACUUUUCCAUGUUCAGAGUGCGGCAAACGUUUUAUUCACAAAGGAAACCUUCUUAAUCACCACAGAAUUCACACGGGUGAGCGUCCCUUUUCAUGUUCAGAGUGCGGGAAAUGUUUUAUUCGGAAAAAAGAACUUAUUAAUCACCAAAGAAUUCACACGGGUGAGCGUCCCUUUUCAUGUUCAGAGUGCGGGAAAUGUUUUAUUCGGAAAAGAGAACUUAUUAAGCACCAAAGAAGUCACAAGGGUAAGCGCCCCUUUUCAUGUUCAGAGUGCGGGAAAUGUUUACUCCAUAAAAAAGAACUUAUUAAUCACCAAAGAAUUCACACUGGCGAGCGUCCGUUCUCGUGUUCGCACUGUGGCAAAGGUUUCACUCAGAGAGGAAACCUUCUAACACAUGAGAGAACUCACACAGGUGAGCGUCCUUUUUCAUGUUCAGUGUGCGGGAAAAGUUUCAUUCAGAAGAGACACCUUGUUAUUCACCAAACAAGUCACACGGGGGAGCGUCCUUAUUCUUGUUCAGAGUGCGGGAAAAGUUUCAAUGAGAAAGAAAAACUUGUUGGUCACCAAAGAAUUCACACCGGCGUACGCCCUUUUUCAUGUUCAGAGUGUGGGAAAUGUUUCAGCGAAAAAGGAAACCUUCUUAUACACCAGAGACUUCACACGGGCAAACGUCCAUAUUCGUGUUCAAAGUGCGGGAAAACUUUUGCUCAGAAAGGAGGACUUCUUCGACACCAGAAAGUUCACGUGGAUGAAUAAAGGAAACCUUCUCCAUCUUUUGAAAAUUCACAUGAAUGAGCGUCCUUAUUAUUGUGUAGAAUGCAGGAAAUCUUUCCCUCAGAUAGAUAAAAUUUCUUAUACACCAGAGAAGUCACACGGGGGAGCGUCCUUAUGCAUGUUCAGAGUGCGGGAAAUGCUUCAGUCAAAAAAGUGCCCUUGAUCGACACCAGGGAAUUCACAUGGACUAACCACCUUUUUUAUGUUUAGACAGACCAAUGGGGAGUGUGAGAUCGUGUGUCCUUCCUUAUAGUCAGAAUGUAUAAAAUGUUUCUGUUAAAGAAUAUCACUUAUUGGAUCCCAGAAUAUUCAUAAAGACUAAUAAAGUGUUUGUGUUCAUAUUGGCUUAUUUGGAGGCGUGGCCAAAGUACAUUGUACUAUGAUGUCAUAGUUAUAGAUCUGCAGGGAUUGAAUUAUAGUAAUACGAUCCUCUAAACAAUGCUGACUUGGUCCCGCACUCACACAGGCCCCACCAUAGAGUACGACAACCCAUGGACCAUACUUUUUAUUGGUUGCUAUUAGUCAAUAUACUGUACAUCUUUUUUGCUUUACUGAAGGAACUAACUUCUUAUUGGACCGACAAAAGUAUAAUUAUUUUUAAAUCUGAUUUUUCUUUUACUUCAGCUAUGCAAGAUUUAAUUUAGAUUAUUUGUGUGUUAUUAAUGUAAUGCGAUUUUCUAGAAUAAACAAGAAAGCUCUACUCUA